GUGUUGUGCAGAUGAACCCUCUGCACAUAAAGGGUCGUGUUGGUCAAGAUGUGACAAUCAGCUGCUCAGGCUGGAACGUUUGGACUGAUGUAACAAAGAAUGUCAAGUACUUUUGUUCCAGUCCAUGCGAGGACCGACACAUCAUCAUCAAAGCAGCAUAUCAAGAAAGUAUAAAUAAAGAUAGAAUAAAGUUAUUUAACAAAGGAAAAACCUUGUUGGUGACCUUCAAAAGUCUCAAAAAGUCAGACUCCAAAACAUACUACUGUGGAGUGGAGAGAGUUGGCAGUGACCCCCGAAUAAAGGUGAUUCUUAAUGUCAUGGAUGCUCUGCCCUCCAGUCCCAGAAUGACUCCAAAAACUAUCACUGUUGUUCCCACCUCCUCAUUUGCAGUCACAACGAGCUCCACGAUGUCUUCUAACAGCUCAGAUGUUUUUACUGGCUCUGUUCUGUAUUUGGUUGUAGGUGUUCUUGUUGUAAUUACCAUACUGAUGGUCUCACUCAAGCUCAUGAACAUGAUGAGGAAACGGCGAUCGAAAGUUGUGUCAGGUGCUGAUACCGUGAACACAGAACCACAACAGGACGCUGCAUAUGAAGAAAUAAGACUUGAGGACCAGACCGACCCAGAUGCUCUCUAUUGUAAUUAUUCCUACCACCAAGUCAAUGAUUUACCAGUUAAGAGGCCUAAAGGACAUUCAGACGUUCUUUAUUUAAAUCAAGCUGCCAGCUUCAUGGACAGUUCAAAGGGGGCGUUUAGAAAGAGCGCGCGCACAUUUGACUCUGUGUACUCUGUUGUUAAAAGUCCCAAAGAGCAAAUGAAUCCCUCUGUGCAAAGUGAGAGAAAUCAACCUGAGAUCAACCAAGAGGACUCUCUCUACUCCCUGGCUCAGUUACCACGGGCAACCUGAGGGAGGCUGCUGUGGUCUAAAUGGAUACGAAUCAGCUUUCUUGAUCAUUCUUUUAUGGAGGAGGCUGCAAAAAUUUGCUUUUUUUAUAUUUUUUUUACGGAAAUGUAGAGAUACAAAGUUAAAAUAGACAAUAAAAGAAAUAAUGAAUUAGAUUAGAAUGAUAACUGGACAAGAGAAUGUCACUUCCAUCUGUGCUGUCAGUAAGUCUGAUUACAAUUGUCUGCCUUGUGACUCCAUCACUUGGUCAAAGGCACUCAGACAAAGAGUGAAAUGUGGUGAACGGCAAUUUUAAUCUGAAAAUACAGUGAUGUUUUAUAUAAUGAAACAUCCAGAGACACUGCAUCGUGGACCUUGCUGUGAGAUGUGUCCCACUCGUACACACACACACACACACACACACACACACACACACACACACACACACACACAAAGUCACACACAAAACGGAUGCAUCCUGCAUAGCUGUAAAUAGCUGAGGUCUAUCAGCCUUUGCCACCAUGAUCCAUCAAGUAUUUAGUUAAUGCCGCUUCUUCUGCAAAAUCUGUAGACUUCCUUUGUCAAAAGCACCUUCUAGAGCCAAAGACCUUUCUACAGCAUCGCAACAGCACAUUUAUUAGAAGUGUUUAAUUAAUGCUGCUUCUGCAUCUGAACAGUCUGAAGACUUACUUCGUCAAGCCCACCUCAUGAAGCCAAAGGCUGUUUGUAGUAUCACAACAGCACAUUUAAAUAUGUAUAUUUUAUUAUUUGUAUCAAGCACUCGCAGCACUUUUGCUUUUUACCAGAUCAUUUAAAUCUAUAGUAUCCACCUACAUAGUUUUAUUUCACUGAAGCAGAACUGGUGAUUUUCCACGGUGUACAAGUUAUACAAAUCGUUUUAUAAAUCAAUGAAAACUUUAGUUUGAGUAUUUAUUGUCUUUUAAUAAACAUGAGAGUUGAUCUUAGUUUUACACACUCUCAUGUUUUGGUGGUCCUUGUGGGUGGUCCGUGUACCUUUUGAAAAUCCCGUUUACUGUAAAAACCAUAAAACUGAAACACAGUUUUAUCGUUUUUCGUUUAGAACCAAAAAACGGGACAGACUGACAGCAAUGCAAAGCAUUUCACUGCCAGAAAACCAGGUGGAGUAACGUUUUCGUUAAAGACGACCUAUAGAGUGACGUCUUUGCAUGUGCAAAAUUCUCUGUUUUAUUAAUGGCGGAAUUAUGCUAUGAAACCGUAAAAGGAUGCAGUUAACAGACCAAUCACAGCUUUUCGGGCUGCGUGAGCUCGCAAAGCUUUUGACGCAAGUCUGGAGAAAUGGGUCGACACACGCAGGCAUGCGAGAGGGGGGGGGAAGGCAUCACGGGGCUCUAGCGUCUGCCUGGCCUUGCGUUUGAAAAUCUACGUACUUCCGAUUUAGCGGCGACAAUUUGUAUUUUCGUUUUAUGGAGAAAAAAAACACACUAAAGGGAUCAAUGGAGUAAAAAGUUGUCAGUCUGUCUCGUUUUUUUGGUUCUAAACGAAGAACGAGAAAACGGUCGCCCAAACCAGUGUUUUGGUUUCAUGGCUUUUACGGUAAAAGGUACACGGGCCAUUGUGCAGUCAACAGGUCACAGUCCUUUGGUCCUUUCUUUUGCAAAAAGGAAACACGAUUGCGACGGCCAAGGUGGCCACAUCAAAAAUGCAGAAGCUUCAAAAACUGUUUGGUGACAUCCAAGGGAAGUCGUUCACUUCCUGUGAACGUUUUAUGGACACAAAGACAGAGUCUGAGGUCAUUUCAAAGAACUAAAGUGCAUUUUCACCUACCUACUUGUUUGUUGUGUAAAUAAUAAAUAUUUCACUUCCAAGGGGCAAAAUCUGGGAGGUCAUAAAGUUGGCGUGUUGAGAAAAGCACGCAAAAGCAAAUAAAAGUUUGUCACAAAACCAUCCGUUUCUAAAUAAUGAUUCACAUGGUGGCUUCCAUCCGUCCACAUCUAUCAGAACUCUGGGUCAUUCAGGACCUUUUAACAUCUCUGACUUUCAUCCUUGAAACAAACCAAAACACACAUCUGUUUCUAUGUUGUCUUUCAUAUUUUUGAAGUUUGAUGUUUUAUUAUCAUAAUUGUAUUUUAUUUCACCUUUCAGUAGCUUAACCGGACCCUUAAAUAACAGAACUGCAGCUGUAGAACAUUUUCCGCAGGUCCAGUUCCAAUGAGCUUCACAGUUUGCUGUGGUAAAGUCACUCCGGAUGAGUAAAGAUAGGAAGAAUACCCACAAUCUGCCA